AUGAGGUGCCAGUUCAGUAUUAUGAGGUGCCAGUCCAGUAUUAUUAGUUGCCACUUCAGUAUUAUGAGGUGCCAGUUCAGUAUUAUGAGGUGCCAGUUCACUAUUCUGGGAUGCCAGUUCAGUAUUCUGGGGUGCCCGUUCAGUAUUCUGGGGCGCCAGUUCGGUAUUCUGGGGUGCCAGUUCAGUAUUAUGAGGUACCAGUUCAGUAUUAUGAGGUGCCAGUUCAGUAUUGUGAGGUGCCAUUUCAGUAUUCUGGGGUGCCAGUUCAGUAUUCUGGCGUGCCAGUUCAGUAUUCUGGGUUGA